GAAGCUACGUCCGAUCUGUCAGGAAACGCACUCUCACUUCCCCCUUUCCCCCACCGGAUCUCCUCACUGGCUCGACCCCAAUCGCUGCGGUCGCUGGUGAAGUCGGCUGUUUCACCCCAGCCGUGGCUCACACGGCCUGAAUCGGUGUUCUGUCGCGUAGAUUGCUCCCCCGCAUAAGGUGCUCGGGGUGCUCCGUGGUACAGCGAACAGAGAAGUUGCUGUACCGGGGAACGGCGACGUGUAGGUCGCUCACUGAAACGAUGGAGUCCGGCGGUGUGACAGCGUCCCUUACCGAGGCAUGGCGUUACCUGAUGUCCAAGAGGGACCCCAGGACAAAGGACAUGCUCUUCAUCGGUGACCUCCGCUUCAUAGUUACCGUGCUGGGGCUUUACCUGUACAUCGUGUACCACGGGGGCCCGCGGUUCAUGCGCAACCGGCAGCCCUACAACCUGAAGGGGGCCAUCAUGGCCUACAACUUCGCGAUGGUUGUGCUCAACCUGUUCUUCAUGUUCAAGUUCUUUCAGCACUCCUUCUGGUACGGUGGGUACAGCUUCUUCUGCCAAGGCAUGACGCACUCUACCGACUAUCACGCGCUCAUGCUUCUCGACUACUCGUGGUGGUACUUGUUCGUCAGGAUCGGCGACUUCCUGGACACGUUCUUCUUCUUGCUGCGCAAGAAGUUCUCGCACCUUACCGCUCUCCACGUCUCGCAUCACGCCCUGGUCGUCUGGAGCGGCUGGCUGUGGCUCGCCUUCGGUGGCGACGGCCAGGUGUUGCUCGGCAUGUGCGUGAAUGCCGGAAUGCACGUGGUCAUGUACACCUACUACUUCCUGGCGUGCCUCGGGCCGUCGGUACAACAGUACCUCUGGUGGAAGAAGUACAUCACCACGAUGCAGAUCACGCAGUUCGUCGUGCUCCUUAUUCACAUCUGCAUCCCGCUCUUCUACGACUGCGGCUAUCCGCGCAUCAUGAUCGGCCUAGCCUUCGCGCAGGGCUUGCUGGGCUUGGUGCUUUUCAUAAACUUCUACAUUCACGAGUACAUCAAGAGGAAAGGAAUGAAGAGGGGUGCUGCCAAGGUGAUAGACAGUGACGCCGCUCAUACUCAAGCGACAGCACGGGCCCCAGGCGAAAGGCCGAAGAAAGCCUAAGUUUCUAAGAGUCACUACAUUGUGGAUAUGUUUCGAAGACUAGUUUAUUGUCACUAUCGCGUGAGUACGGGUGUCAGUGACGCCUUCGCGUGUUUUAUAUUUGCUUGAAAGCUGCAUUUUGUAGCCUACGAUUUGUGAAUGCAAGCACCUGCUCUGAACUGUACUGAACCGCGGGACGCUAUACUAAGGCUUCACUAACUGCUAACAGGUAGUUCAUCUGUUCAGUUUUGUAAUGGGAAGUAGCGGCCCCUCGGAUAUACUUUUCUCAGCAACAGUUCCAUAAGUGUCAGCACCAUAAAGCUUUGUUAUGGUGUCACUGUAUAGAGCUUCCAAGUAGCGCUUUUGAUGUGUGUCAUUUGUUGUUGUUGUUGCCAUAGCAGCGUGCUUUCGCAUGGUGCACCCACUAUUGUUUCUCGCCGCAAGUGACAACCAACAUGUUCACCGUCUUGUAGCACUGUUUUGUUUUUCUUGUUACGUUUUGUUUUUUAGAAGAGUCUAUGCAUUUAUUCAAUAAAACGGGUCAAACCACUUGA